UGGCACGGACCACAAUAUGCCACUACCGAACGUUUGGCUACACUCAGAUCUUUCUUGGGCCGCAUAAAUCACUACGGGACAUUUCCUGAUGAGCAUCACGUCCGAGCUCCAAUGGACGAACUUCUAGCCAAAGAUCAACCAUGGCAUUGUUCGACUAAAUGCCAGAACGCUUUCGAUUAUGUCAAGUCAAUGCUCGGCUCAGACCUACUUCUGACACAUUUCGACCCGGCACUUGAUAUCAUCGUGGCAGCCGAUGCUUCAAGCAUCGGACUAGGUGCAGUCAUCUCCCACAAAUUCCCGGGUGGCUCACAGAUGGCGAUUUCAAGUGCCGCUAGAUCGUUAGCUGCAAUGGAACGCAACAGCAGUCAAAUUGAAAAAGAAGCCUUGGCUAUCCCCUUCGCUGUGAAAAAUAUUCAUGAUAUGCACUACGGUCAACAACUCACACUCCUCACCGGUCAUGAGCCACUGAUAGGAAAAGAUUUGCGGAUACCUUCAAGCGGGCCCUCCAGGAAUCAAAAAGAGAAGGAGAAACUGCAGAAGUCAUCGAAAGGUUUCUAUUUCUGUAUCAGUGCACUCCGAACCCAAGCUCACCAAAUGGUUUCCCCAGCACAAAAUGGUAAAAUCGGUCUGAGUAUGAAACUGGUCGACCAAACUACCGGGCGUGAUAAGGAUUUGAAUAACGCGAUCGCAUCUCGUCUCAGUGAACGUCGUAAAACUGGUGGGUGUGAUGCCAACGGGCCCAUUGAGCUCGGGGCAGUGUUGGAUACUGUUUGUAAACGGUGUGGUGUCCGAGGUCAUCUGGCAUCCAGCUGCUAUGCUGAUUUGGAUUCAGCGGUUCUAGGCCUUGUCUAUAGUAGCAGUGAAGAUAGUGAUAUCGCAUCGGAACCCAAGCAGGCGAAGCGACCAAAGCGGGAAAAGCAAAAUCACUCAAAGACUCGGGUGAAAAAGGAUACAGACGGAGCAAAAGACAAAAAGCGACACAAGGAGAAGAAACACAAGAAACAUAAACAUAAAAGUUCAAAAGAACAUACAUCAUGUCGGAAAAAGAUUAUUUUGUACUAG